GGUAAUUCUACAUAAGAAAAUAAUUACACCGAAUUUCAGCUGAGAGAAAUUGCUCUGGCUCGAGUUUCUUUGGACAAAGUCGGUCUUCGCAAUGUCUUCAUUGCAAAAGGUUGCUGCUUUCGUUCAGGACUGGACACCGUUUCUCCUGGUACUUUCAUAUUUUGUCACUUCAACAUGCAUCUAUAUUGUGUGUACGGCGAAGCUCAUUCAGAUCUUCUGGUUUAUCUGUCUAUUUACAAACUUCUACAUUGCCGGGAAUUCAGUCUUGGAAGCAUUCAUGAGCAUGUCACCUAUCCAUGACUCCCGAAAAGCGAGGGACAAGGUGGAAAGCAAUAACUGGGUCUUCCCUACUCCAGACGAUCAGCUGUUGCACCUCGACCUCAUCAUCGUUGCUUACCUUCCAAACGAAAAGGACAUCAUCAUGGACCGGGUUCAUUACGCUCUGGAGGAGAUUCGAUAUCCCAAGGAUAAGAUCACAAUCAACGUGGUCUACAACACUCCUCAUCCCAUCGAGCCUCUUGAGACUGAGCUGCGAGACCUGGAGGCUCAGAAUUUCAACCUCCGCGUCGUCAAUGUCCCCAACUCGUCGUCCAAGGCACACAACUUGAACUAUUUCCUGUCCCUCGACACAGGGUCCGAUGUCAUUGCAAUUUUCGAUUGUGACCACUAUAUGCAUCCCUAUGGUCCACGUUGGGCUAUUGAGAGAUUCAUGCAAGACAAAGACGUCGAUAUUGUUCAGGGUCGAUGCGUGGUGUUCAACGCAGGCGUAUCCAUCAUGACGGCGAUGGUGUCUGUUGAAUUCGAUAAAAUCUACGCCGUCUCCCACCCAGGACGAUCGGCUCUCUGGGGUUUCGGCCUGUUCACCGGUUCCAAUGGCUACUGGCGCGCGUCUUUGCUUCGUGAGCUGCGCAUGGAUAGUAGUAUGCUCACGGAGGAUAUCGACUCGUCCCUCCGGGCUCUCUCCUGGGGAGCCAAGAUUGUUCAUGACUUGAACGUGGUCUCCUACGAACUCGCGCCGAUUACGCUGCGCUCUCUCUGGAAUCAACGAUUGCGAUGGGCACAGGGGUGGGCUCAGGCCAGUAUGAAAUACCUCGUCUUGGCCUGGAACAAGCCUUUGCAGGGGACGCGGGAUAAGACCAUGCGCUUUGGCUUGGUCUCGUUGCUCCUUAUUCGUGAGAUGAGCUACUACCUUGUUACGCAAUAUUGCUGUUUGGUUCUCAGCUUCAUCAUCGUGCACUUUCCCAAGACUCCCACUGCUUUUGCUCAUCUGAUCUACUUCCAAUAUCCGGUUUCCCAGUGGCUAUUUAUUAUAAGUGUUGUCUGUUUGGUUGCGACUCUAUGGAUCACAAAUCAUGCCAAAUCGGAAUUCAUCACAUUCUGGAUGAUCGGCCUUUUCUCUGCCAUUUAUCCGGCUUACCUAGUGCUGACGGCGAUUGUUGGACUGUACGGCCAUGCCAGACAAGUUAGCAAAUACACCAACUGGAACACCACGGCCCGCGGAUAAGAAGAGGCAUAGAAAGGAGCCAAAACGAAAUGUCGAUAUCCGCAUUGUUCUUGAGCUAGUCCAACUUUCAACUAAAUUGUAUAGAUUUCUGCAUGCUCGCUGUGUUAGACCAGGGUAUCCCUGCAACAUUAUCCUAUCCUGCUUUCUUCGUCAGUCCGGAAUUAAUAAAUAACCUUUAAAGACGUGCUGCAUUGGCAAUCGGUCAUUCGACCAUUUGAAAUAGCAUCACUUCUGAUAUUUGUUCAAUAUAGCCAAGAAAAGGUUAAUAUGUUGGAACCUGAAAGAUAGACCAGGGAGUCUACUUCAGCCACUGAAAUAAAUUAAUGGCC